AUGUUCCCCAGCCCCGCGCUCACGCCCACGCCCUUCUCGGUCAAAGACAUCCUGAACCUGGAGCAGCAGCAGCGCAGCCUGGCCGCCGGGGAGCUCUCGGCGCGCCUCGAGGCCACCCUGGCGCCCGCCUCCUGCAUGCUGGCCGCCUUCAAGCCCGAGGCCUACGCGGGGCCCGAGCCCGCCGCGCCCGGCCUCCCGGAGCUGCGCGCCGAGCUGGGCGCCGCGCCCUCGCCGGCCAAGUGCGCGCCCGCCUUCCCCGCCGUCCCCGCCUUCUACCCGCGCGCCUACGGAGACCCCGACCCGGCCAAGGACCCGCGAGGCGAUCAGAAAGAGCUGUGCGCGCUGCAGAAGGCGGCGGAGCUGGAGCGGCCGGCGGCGGACGGGCCGGAGCGCGAGCGGCCGCGCGCGCGGCGGCGGCGGAAGCCCCGCGUGCUCUUCUCGCAGGCGCAGGUGUACGAGCUGGAGCGGCGCUUCAAGCAGCAGCGCUACCUGUCGGCGCCCGAGCGCGACCAGCUGGCCGGCGCGCUGAAGCUCACGUCCACGCAGGUCAAGAUCUGGUUCCAGAACCGGCGCUACAAGUGCAAGCGGCAGCGGCAGGACCAGACUCUGGAGCUGGUGGGGCUGCCGCCGCCGCCGCCGCCGCCCGCGCGCAGGAUCGCGGUGCCCGUGCUGGUGCGCGACGGCAAGCCCUGCCUCGGGGACUCGGCGCCCUACGCGCCGGCCUACGGCGUGGGGCUCAACGCCUACGGCUACAACGCCUACCCGGCCUACCCGGGCUACGGCGGCGCGGCCUGCGGCCCCGGCUACAGCUGCGCCGCCGCCUACCCGGCCGCCGCCGCCGCCGCCCCGGGCCCCGCGCAGCCCGCCGGGGCCGCCGCCGCCGGCAACGGCUUCGUGAACUUCGGCGUCGGGGACUUGAACGCGGUGCAGAGCCCCGGCCUGGCGCAGGGCAACGCGGGGGUGUCCGCGCUGCACGGCAUCCGGGCCUGGUAG